AGAGGAGCAGCAGCAGUUGACAAGUGCAGGGCGUUCUCUGGCUGUACAAAAGCCUCUGGGUGAGCCAGAGCUCAGAGCAGCACAGGGAUGUGCAGGUGUGUGUACACAUAGCAAGGUGAGCUGCGAGUAUCCUGCCAGCCAGAUCAUCUCUUGCACAACUCUCCAGUCCUGUGCGGCCCGGCGGACCUUUCGCUGCUUGUUUCCAAACAUGCCUCCAGAGCAGACCUUCUGAGGAGCUGUUUCCUCACAUGCUGUUUCCUUAAACGCUGCUGAAAGCAGCUCUCUCCAAGACGAGGUGGCAGCUAGCAGCAUGGUGGGAAUAAUGGCAAUGAGGACGUGGAUUGAGCCGGUGGUCGCGGGUUCCCAGGUGGCCAGUGCCUUCUACGACACAGCGCUGCUGCUGGUGGUGAAGAACUACUACAACCAGACCAACAGCACAGCUCCCGCCCAUGUCCUGGAAGAUGCUCAGCAGAAGGCUGUAUCUAAUUUUUAUAUCAUCUACAACCUAGUUCUGGGCCUGAGCCCACUGGUGUCAGCCUAUGGCUUGUCCAAGCUGGGGGACAGGAUACAUCGCAAGAUCCCCAUCUGCUUCCCUCUUCUUGGUUAUUUGGGCUCCAAAACUCUCCUGCUCCUCCUGAUUCUGCUGGGCUGGCCAGUAGAGGUGAUGUAUGGGGCUGCUGCCUUAAAUGGGCUGACAGGAGGCUUCACCACACUUUGGGCAGGCAUCAUGGCUCUGGGAUCCUUGGGGUCCUCUGAAAGCAAGAGGUCUCUGCGGCUCAUCAUUAUUGAACUGGUGUAUGGCCUGGCUGGCUUUCUGGGAAGCAUGGCAUCUGGCUACCUCUUUGUUGGCUUCAGCAACCGCUACCGAGAAGGCACUGUGCUGGUGUGCUGCAGCAUUGCUUGCUAUGCCUUUUGUCUCCUCUACAGCAUUUUUGUCCUCACAGUCCCCAAGCCAGCAGCUCCCUGCCCAGCCAAAGCCAAGAGUGCAGAGGAGGUGGGUGGUCAGCUACCAGAAGCAGUGGUAGCAGGGAGCUCCCAGCCUUCAGAGAGCAGCAUCUUCACUCCAGUGUCACCCUCGAAGCUCAUCAUCAUCCUGUUGUUUGUGGCAGCAAUCCUCUAUGACCUGGCUGUGGUUGGUGCCAUGAACGUACUCCCACUGUUCUUGCUCAGGGAACCUUUAAGUUGGAACGCUGUGGAGAUUGGCCAUGGCAAUGCUGCUGGGUAUGUGAUCUUCAUUACCAGUUUCCUAGGGGUGCUUGUGUUCUCCAGAUACAUGAGGGAUAUUACCAUGAUCAUGAUCGGAGUAGCUUCAUUCAGCGCUGGCAUCCUCAUCAUGGCCUUCGUGCAGUGGACGUUCCUCUUCUACAUUGCACGGGCAGUGAUGCUCUUUGCCCUCAUCCCGUUACCAACCAUCAGGUCCAUGUUGUCUAAGCACGUUGAAGGAUCAUCCUAUGGUAAGGUGUUUGUCCUGCUGCAGCUGUCUUUAGUCACCACGGGAGUAGUGACAUCUACAGUCUACAACAAGAUCUAUCAAAACACACUGGACUGGUACAGCGGCUUCUGCUUCAUUUUGUCUUUUCUAGUUGGCUGCCUGAGUCUCCUCCCUUUAAGCUUUGUGGCCAUCAAACAAAGGUCAACCACUGGCUCCCUUGAGAUUCUGACUGAGUAA